UCAGUUUCGGUGCACAUAAAUGGCGAGAGCCAAUUAAUAUGUUUCCUCUGAGGAUUCCAUCUAAUUCUAUUAUCCUGGAAAGAGUCCAUAACAGAUCAACCUUCAUCCCUAUUCCUCCGUCGAAGGAUCUCCUCAUCAGUAGCCUCUCCAAACGAACUGUAUCUGCUCUAUCUACGUGCAUCCACUCCGACUCUCCAAGUGUCUUAUAUAUAUAGACGCUGCAUCGGCGCUGCUAGUAACGAGGAAACAGGGGAGGAACAUAAAUCGCGAGAGAUGACGAAGCUUCAUCUUUUUCUUCUCGCCAUCGCAUUCCUUUCCUCGCUGCAGAAUCCGGCAGUCCUCGCAACCAAGAAGGUGAGCGACGACGUCCCGUAACCAUAUAUAACCACGCAGAUAGAUCUGCUGACGUUUGUCCGUGGGACGUGAUGCCAGGCUUAUAUUGUGUACCUCGGCGGGCACUCUCAUGGCGCCAAUCCCACCUCUGCAGACUUCGAGAGUGCAACUCAGUCUCAUUAUCAGCUGUUGGGAUCCACUUUUGGAAGCGAGGAACUGGCUCGCUCUGCAAUCUUCUACUCCUACACGAAACAUAUCAAUGGCUUUGCUGCAAUGUUGGAAGAGGAAGAAGCGACGCUGAUCUCCGGUUAGAGUUCUUGUCUCGCAUUGAGCUCUUCCUUCUGACGGUUUGUGAUCUUGGAUUCUCUUGUCUCCGUGCAGAGCAUCCCGAUGUCAUAUCGGUGUUCGAGAACACCAUGAAGACGUUGCACACGACCAGAUCAUGGGAUGUCAUGGGCGGAUUCUUGAACAGGCAGGGGAAGGCGCACCCCGAAUCUAUUUGGGCCAAAGCCAACUAUGGCGACGACGUCAUUAUAGCCAAUUUCGACACAGGUGUGUGGCCUGAAUCCGACAGCUUUGAUGACAAAGGAUAUGGGCCGGUUCCGAAGAGAUGGAGAGGGAUCUGCCAGAACAGCACCAAGCACAGCUUUCACUGCAACAGGAAGCUGAUUGGUGCCCGGUUCUAUGACUUGUCCCAUCAGGCCAACAGUGCAUCGCCGCCGGUAGAGUACUCUCCCCGCGAUAGCGAGGGCCACGGCACCCACACGCUCUCCACGGCCGCAGGGGGGAUCGUCCGCGGCGCAAACAUCUACGGCGAAGCCAACGGCACUGCCAGAGGUGGCUCGCCCCAUGCGAGGGUCGCCGCCUACAAGGUGUGCUGGGGGCUCUGCGCCGAUGCCAACAUUCUUGCUGCCUUCGAUGACGCCAUACACGACGGCGUCGACGUCAUCUCGUUGUCAGUAGGUGGUCUUCCGUAUGAGUACAUCUUCGACUCCAUCGCCUUGGGGUCGUUCCAUGCAGUGCAGCGAGGAAUCACCGUCGUGUGCUCCGCCGGCAACGACGGACCGACCCCUGGCACGGUCUCCAAUAUUGCGCCAUGGAUAUUCACCGUAGGAGCAAGCACGAUCGACAGGGAGUUCUAUUCCCUCGUCACUCUCGGCAGCAACAAGAAGAUAAAGGGAGUGAGUCUCUCGUCGAAAUCUCUUCCAGCCCAUAAGCCCUAUCCAUUGAUCGAUGGCUCUAAUGCGAAGCGCCCGAAUUCAUCCGCCGAAGAAGCUGGCUGGUGCUACCCCGGAACACUCGACCCCGAGAAAGUUCGAGGAAAGAUCGUAGUUUGCACGCGCGAUACGUCGUUUGCACGAGUGGAGAAGGGCGUCGACGUCUUGAAGGCCGGCGGGGCGGGGAUGAUCCUCGCUAACAGCGAUGAGGAAGGGAACAGCCUCCUUGCGGAUCCCCACUUCCUCCCUGCUUCAAUGAUUACAUACAAAGAUGCUCUGAGACUGAGUUCCUAUCUGAAAUCUACCAAGUAUGAUCUUGUCAGGAAUUCGACGAGUCAUUUCUGGCCACUGAACUCGAUCUUUUUUGAUAGGUCACCUACCGCUACCAUUUCACCUGUAACUACAGUUCUGGGAGUGAAACCAGCGCCGGCCAUGGCUUCUUUCUCAUCUCGAGGCCCCAAUCUUAUCAAUCCCGAGAUUCUCAAGGUCGUAUCUGUUGCCUUUCUUUGUUCGUUUCCUCUCAAUUGCAUAGCUUACGAUUCCUUCUUGCUAUUGCAGCCUGAUAUCACUGCGCCAGGGGUGGACAUUCUCGCAGCCUUCACCGAGGAAGUCGGACCUACCAUGCUGGAUUUAGACAAGCGACGCGUCCGAUUCAAUGUCAUGUCCGGCACGUCGAUGUCCUGCCCUCACAUCUCCGGCGUCGCAGGCCUGCUGAAGAAGCUCCAUCCUCGUUGGAGUCCUGCUGUUAUCAGAUCGGCCGUCAUGACAACCGCGAGAACUCGAGACAACACGAGAACGCCAAUGAAGGACGAUAACCGCGAGAAGGCCAUACCGUUCGACUACGGCGCAGGGCAUGUGCGGCCGAACCGCGCCAUGGAUCCCGGGCUGGUGUACGACAUCACCUUCACCGACUACGUGCAUUUCCUGUGCAGCCGCGGGUACAACGCUUCCAACAUGGCGCAAUUCAUCGGCAAGCGCUUCGCCUGCCCGUCGAAGACCAUGAGGGCGGAGGACUUGAACUACCCAUCGAUCACCGUCCCGAACCUCCAGAAGUCCUUCACCGUCUCUCGCACCGUGAGGAACGUCGGCACGCCCGGCACGUACAAUGUGAGGAUCAAGGCUCCCUUCGGCAUCCACGUCUCGGUGAAGCCGCAGACGCUCGAGUUUGCCAAGGUUGGGGAGGAGAAGACGUUCCAAGUCAGGCUGCGGUCGCGUAGCGAGAGUGUCGGUGUAGGGUAUGUCUUUGGUGGCCUGACAUGGACCGACGGUAAGCACUACGUGAGAAGUCCUCUGGUGGUGAAUGCGUUCUCAUGAGGUUAACAUCACUGGGUCAGAUGAUCCCAUUUUUUAGGAUUUAGCCCCUCUUUUUUUAGUCUUUUGUUUAGA